AAAAUAUGGCUACAAUUGGUUGCCAUAACAGAAAAAACUGUCGCUUUUCUUCUUCAUUCUAAUCCAGAUAUUUUAUAUUUUGUUGCAAAGUUAAAAACUUUGGAACAUUUUGUUACUCAGAUGUUUCCUAUUCCUAGUGCUAAGUUAUAAUCACCCCUUUGCAAAAUUCUUCUUUAAAAAUGGCAGCAAUUGCAGCAAAUAGAGUAGGAAUAGGACAAAUUUGUCCCACUUUCAAUACCCUUAAUCCUAAAAAAUCUCACACUCAAUUUCUGGGGAAACCCCUUUUGUUUAAACCCCAAUUGAGUUCAUUAUCCACCUUGAAAUCAAGGAAAAGAUGUAUGGUUUUCGGUGCCGGGUUUGAGUUGUUUGACCCAGUUCGAGACCUUUUUGUGGGUGUGGGAGUUGGGUUACCUUGUACAGUUAUGGAGUGUGGAGACAUUAUUUAUAGGAGCACUUUACCAAGGUCUAAUGGGUUAACACUCACUGUUCCUGGGGUGAUUUUGGCUCUUGGGACAGUUUCUUACCUUUGGGCUACCCCUGGUGUGGCUCCUGGGUUUUGGGAUAUGUUUGUGCUUGCUUUUGUUGAAAGAAUUUUCAGACCCACUUUCAAAAAGGAUGAUUUUGUGUUGGGAAAGAAAUUGGGAGAAGGGGCUUUUGGAGUUGUUUAUAAGGUUUCUUUAGCCAAUAACAAGAAGCCGUCUGUGAAGGAAGGUGAUUUGGUCGUGAAAAAGGCUACUGAGUAUGGUGCUGUAGAAAUCUGGAUGAAUGAGCGUGUGCGAAGGGCUUGUGCUAGUAGUUGUGCUGAUUUUUUGUAUGGUUUCAUGGAGAAAUCUUCUAAGAAGGAAGGUGAAUAUUGGCUUAUAUGGCGUUUUGAGGGAGAAUCAACACUAUCUGAUUUACUGACGAGCAGGGAAUUCCCUUACAAUGCUGAAACAAUGAUUCUUGGAAAAGUACAAAACUUGCCAAAGGGAUUAGAGCGGGAGAAUAGAAUCAUACAAACAAUAAUGAAGCAACUUCUAUUUGCGUUGGACGGUCUUCACUCAACUGGAAUUGUUCACAGAGACAUAAAGCCUCAGAACAUUAUUUUCUCUGAAGGUACCCGUACAUUCAAGAUUAUUGAUCUUGGGGCUGCAGCAGAUCUACGAGUAGGCAUUAACUAUGUUCCCAAAGAGUUCCUUUUGGAUCCAAGAUAUGCUGCACCAGAGCAAUAUAUCAUGAGCACUCAAACUCCUUCAGCACCAUCACCUCCUGUGGCUGCUGCACUUUCCCCAGUCCUAUGGCAGUUAAAUUUGCCGGAUAGAUUUGACAUAUACAGUGCUGGUCUCAUAUUCCUUCAAAUGGCCUUCCCUUCAUUGCGUUCUGACAGUAACCUUAUCCAGUUCAACCGUCAGUUGAAGAGGUGUGGAUAUGAUUUAAAUGCAUGGAGAGCUUCAGUUGAGCCACGAGCGGCACCUGAUCUCAAAAGAGGCUUUGAGCUGUUAGAUUUAGAUGGAGGGAUUGGAUGGGAGUUGCUGACUUCUAUGGUUCGAUACAAAGCACGACAACGGCUGAGUGCAAAAGCUGCCCUAGCCUACCCAUAUUUCGAUAGGGAAGGCCUCUUGGCUUUGUCCUUCAUGCAAAAUCUUAGGUUGCAGUUAUUCCGGGCCACCCAAAAGGAUUAUGGUGAGGCUGCAAAAUGGAUCACUCAGUUGAUGGCCAGAUCAGGAACAACAAAGGAUGGUGGAUUUACAGAAGCUCAGCUGCAGGAACUCAGGGAGAUAAAGCCACAAAAGAAGGGAGGUGCACAAAGAAACGCUCUAGCAUCGGUUCUCCGGAUACAGAGAAAGAUCAUUAAAACACUUAAUGAGAGCAUCGACGAACUCAACCAGACAAGGAAGAGCAUGUGGUGGAGCAGGUGGAUCCCUAAAGAGGAGUGAGGACUGUAUAUAUACUAUAUACAACAAGUUGACUUUAUCUGUAAAGUUUGUAAAUCUUUUAACUGUUAUCUGGUCCAGACUUAAAGUGGUUGCUGUCAGAUUUUUUUUUCUUAUUGGAUAUUUGUUAUGGAUUUUUUCAUAUACAGUUAGCAAUUAUGUACAGGUUACACUGUAGUGAAUUCAGCACUAUAAUUCAGAACAUUCACUGUCAGAAAAGAAACAGAAGAUUGCAUACAUGUCUAGGUUGUUUUAUACAUUUGCAUAAUUUUAAUGUUACUGCAACUGUUGUCUUCUGCA